AAGCGGUUUCCGCUUCCGGGUGAAAGGUGACAGUUUGUCAGAGGCCGAUGGGGAGGAGGUGGUGCUCGUUGCCGGUCUCAGUCACAGCUGAACAAAAGCUGGCGCUUGGCCCAGUGUCGAGUAGUUUACCGACUCCGGGCCAGGUUUCCGGUCGGUUUCCGUUUGUCGCCCGGGAGCGGCGGCACGCGGCUCACACGCACCCGUUGUUUUGUCCACGAGCGCGGGAGGAAGCGGCGCGUGCCUCAGGAUCAUGGAUUUUCCAGGGCAUUUUGAACAAGUCUUCCAGCAGCUGAACUAUCAGCGGCUUCAUGGACAGCUCUGUGACUGUGUGAUUGUUGUUGGAAGCCGUCAUUUCAAAGCCCAUCGCUCUGUGCUUGCAGCAUGCAGUACCCACUUUCGUGCUCUCUUUACUGUUCCAGAGAGUGAUCAGUCACUGAACAUGGUUCAGCUGGACAGUGAAGUAGUUACAGCCGAAGCCUUUGCCGCCCUUGUUGAAAUGAUGUACACAUCCACACUGAUGCUAGGGGAGAGUAAUGUUAUGGAUGUGCUGCUCGCAGCUUCCCACCUUCACCUGAAUUCGGUUGUUAAGGCUUGCAAACAUUACUUAACAACGAGGACUGUACCCAUGUCUCCUACAAGCGAAAGGCUUCAGGAGCAAAAUGCUCGGAUGCAGAGGUCCUUCCUGCUUCAGCAGCUGGGUUUGAGCUUAGUAAAUUCUGCCCUCAGCUCUAGUCAGGGAAUAGAUGAGCAAGUCAAUGUGAACUCAUCACUUCGCCAUCACUUGGAGGAUCAGUCGACUGCAUUUCCUGUCCAGCGAUUGCAGAAAAGGAAAGCCAUUCCUGAUGAAAGAUCAAAGAAGAGGAUGAGACCUUCGGUGGAUGAGUCUAUCAUCACCGAAGAAACAUCAGAUAAUGGGCAAGCCGUGGUGCACACAUGUGAGGAAUUAUUUACACCAGACUCCCUGAAGUUGGGAGAUGGUUCCAAAACUGAUGCAACUGUUGAAAACAAUGUGGAAAGUGCUAUCAUAUUUGAGCAGGCCUUUAGCACUCCAGAAGAUAACCAGGUACCCAGUCAGUCAGACAACAGUGCAGUAGGCCAUUCUGAAACAUCCAUGGCUUCUCAAGCAACUCAUGUUGAAACUGCUUUUAAUCAAGAUUCUGCUAAUGAGAAGUCAGAUUUCCACUCUGAGACCACAGAACUUCAUGUGAAUGGAAGUGAGGAGCAGGUCCGAAUUGUUGUGAAAGCUGAACCAUUGAGCUCACCUGAUCCUCAGGAUGAGGCCAGUGAUGUUGCCUCACAGGCUGAAGGUAGUGAGUCAGUAGAGGUGGAAGGAGGAAUGCCUGGUGCAGAGAAACUGGAGCUUAGCCCAGAGAGUAGUGACCGGAGUUUCUCUGAUCCUCAGUCCAGUACUGACAGGGUCACUGACAUACAUAUGCUAGAAUCUGCGAACACUGACUCAAAAACCCCCUUUCACAUUUCCACCUUUUUGAAUAAGAACCGAACAAACAGCUACAGUGGGGGUCAGAACACUGAUGACAACAUUCCCAACACAACAAGCGAUGGCAGAAUAGAAAAUGAAGCUACUUAUUUAAUGAGUUCAGUGCCUGGCAUUUCUGCUGGAGCCAACUCUUCAAUUGCUGCGGCUCGGCUGGAGAAUCCAUUUACUGAUGGUUCCGAUACUCAUUUUAUGCGACCCAUGCAUGACUUGCUGGGGCUGUCCUGUGGGCAGCCUUCCGGCUACAAAGCUGGGGGAGAACCAUUCCGAUUAGAUUUUCCUAGACCUAGUUCUGGAUUGCAUUCAUUAUCCAGACAAUCUAUCAUUUCAUCGCGAGGAGGAGCCAGCAAAUUCCCAGGUUAUCGUCGCAUUGCCCCUAAAAUGCCCAUUGUUACCUCAGUUGGAGAUGCAGGCUCUGGUUCCCAGGACACUGGUUCGAACUCCCAGAUCCGAAUGUUGAACAGUACCGUUUCUGCUUUUGAAAAUAAUCAUUCUAUGCAGUCAGGUCCUCCCCAGCUGACACGGGCAUCGGCAGACGUGCUUUCAAAGUGUAAAAAAGCCAUGUCAGAACACAAUGUUUUAGUGGUGGAAGGUGCCCGUAAAUAUGCCUGUAAAAUUUGCUGCAAGACUUUUCUAACAUUAACAGAUUGCAAGAAACAUAUCCGUGUCCACACAGGAGAAAAGCCCUACGCUUGUUUAAAAUGUGGGAAAAGAUUCAGUCAGUCGAGCCACUUGUACAAGCAUUCCAAAACAACCUGCUUGAGAUGGCAUGGCAGCAGCUUGCCAACUACUCUACUUUGAGAUUAGACUUUCAGCAUGACCAUUUUCAUGUCUCUGAAGGAUCUUUAGAUCUUUUUAAAACAAGGUGGUUUGUAAAAUUAAAGAAGAAAAUAAGACUUUUCACUUAAUUAACAGCAAAGUGUCAGUAGGGUGCUGAGUUGAGCAACUUUAAAUUUUGUAGAAUUUAGUAACUGUAUAUAUGUACUGCACUUUUAUAUGCUCUUAAGCAGUUUUGUUUUGGUAGUUGCACAAUAAUGCAAAUCUGCCAAGUGAUUAGUACAGAGUUGUCAGUUUGUGUAUCUUUCAAAAGUUUAGCUUGUGUUUUAUUUCUUAAAAAUAUUUAAAUUAAAGAAAGAAACCAGUAACCUAAUUUUGUCAAUCGUUGGGAACCUCAGUAUUUAUGUGGGAUGGUAGAGGUUUCAAUCUCUCCAUCUACCAAUGAACAAACCUUUAAUAACCACACCAUUGUGCAGGAGGACUCAUCCAAGAUAAGUGCAUGAAAUGUUUAAGAACAAAUCCUCACCUUUCAGUUCUGUAAAAUGGUAUUCCUAUACUAUCUAGCACCAUCACCAGCCGAAGGCAGUCGUCCAGUAGAAAUGUUAAAAGAAACAUUCAAAUGUGUAAAGUAUUGCAAAAUGAAGAUAAUAAAUAAAGAGAACUAUCCUGGAAUCUGGUUCACCAGAAGUGAAAUGAACCUCCUUCGGACUGUUUGAUGGCACAGAAUUGUCUAUGAUUUGUCGUUAUCUCUUUAAUGGUGUUGGACAGGGGCAUACUUGUGUAACAACUUAUUGAACUUGUAGACGUGCAUGGGGAGACCUGUAUUUUUUUUUUUUAAUCCCAUGUGACUUCUAAGCGUAAGCUAUAUCACUUGCACCAGGCACAGUUUGACCAGUCAGAAGGGCAAAUAAUACAUGCAUACAUUCAGUUUCUUCAUGAGCCAAUAGUUUCCUAAUUUUCCAGCUCUUGCUACUGGUUCUGAGCUCCUGAAUCCACUGCUGAUCCUUUUUACUUUAAAGCUUAUCUUCCUCUUGGUGUGCCAUAUCACAACGUCCCUUUCAGUAUACCAAACAGCAUCAGACGUGGACAAGAUGCUGCUUUGAAGAUCAGUCUGUUGUGAAUGAUUUGAAUCUGUUACUAGGUGCAGACAUAUUAAAAUAUUUCAAUCUACCUUUCACAAGCACAAAAACUAUUCAUCCAAAAUUUUAAGAAAAUUUUCAGUCACUAACCUAUUUUGUCCAACGUUCUUUCGAAGGAAUGGUCUUCAUUACCAAAAUCUGAGAGCCUGUCGUGUAAAACUAAAUACUGUGCAUUUUGGUGUAUAAAUUGCACUUUUGAGGCAGUACUUUUGAUUAUGUAAGAUAAUGACUACACUGGUCAGUUAUACAGAAUACUUUCGGUCUGGAAUAUUUACUCAGACUUGUAAGUGCAACACAGUCUUUCAGGAUAUUAUUUGAAGUUUAUGGAUGCCAAUGUGUUCUCUACGGGUUUUUAACAAAAUGGUUCUGUUAAAAGUUGGCAUUAAUUAGCACACAGCACUCUGAAUAUGUGCUGUCCUUAUGAACAUUUAAAAUCUUUCUUUUAACCACAAAGGAGAAAAUGUAAAUCUGUGGAGAGCCCCAUAAGUGUUUUUAUUACAAGUCAAGAAAUAUUCAUGUUGGCAUUUUUCAGUAUUUAGAGAUGGAAGUUCUCAAUUACAAUGUGAAGAUCAGGCUGAACAGCAGCACCUUUCUUCAGCCCAUCCAAAGUUUCAGUUGUAUGAAUCCUCUGUUUCAGCUUCUCAGAACUUUUAAUAAUGUGAAAGGCAUAUUUAUUCGACUAGGUUGUGUGAAGAGCCUUACACUACCAGUUAUCCUGACUCAACUGAAAUGCCAAAAAACUGCAAUGGAAUGGGACUAGAGGAAUAAUGGUGAAAACACUGUCAAAGUAUACUUGUGUAGUAUAAAGUAAUUUUGUACACUAUAUACAGUCUCUGUAAAAGGUCAAUAUACUGUAAUGAAUAAAAAAAUUCAUGUCCACUAAAA